AUGCGCUCGAAAAUAUUUGAUGAUGCUGAACUCGAACGACUUUUACGUGAGGCUAUUCCAUCGUCGAAUGAAUCGGCUAUGGCUGGAGAUGCAGCUCCACAUCCGACAGACCAGCAUCCACACGUGAAAGCCGCCAUGGAUCUUCCAGUUGUGGUUGAUUCGAACGACGAUGAAAUAGUCUCCCACGAACUAGAGCAAAUGAGGAGUAUAUUGGAAGAGGCAAUUUUGGAAACGCGCAGCACUCUUCUCGAAAAGAUCGACCGCGACUUCCCCGCAUACCCCUAA